AGCUAAGCUGAGAUUUUGUUUUCUACAGAAUUUGGCUUUUCCUUGAUUGUUAUUGACAUUUUAUUUAGUGAUUAAUUGUACCAUUGUUAUUAAAUUUAUUAUCAAAUUUUUGUAUUUCCCAAUUUGAUUUUGUUUACGCUACAUUAUGGCUCGAAGAACCGUUGCAGGUCCAUUCCCCUAUUCUUAUGGUUUAUCAUCUUCUUACAAUUCGGGUCCUGUUGAGUAUCAUCAUGAGAGAGAACCACAAAGAGAAUCUAUGAAUGAUUCGAUGAGAUCCUCUUCCAUGAGAGACGAUUCAAUGAGAGACAGUAUGUCUGGAAGAAGUGAUGAUUACCGUUCAUCUUCUGCUUACAGUGAACUAUCCAAUAUCCGUGAUGAUCCACAGGGUAAAAAGUUGUACUCUACAUUAGAAAGAUUGAAUUCAAAUACAACCGGUGAAGGAGCAUCAGAUGAAAUUAUGAGGCUGUUUCCCCCUCCACCUAAAAGGUAUUGUCCUACAAAUGAGAAGCCUGUAUACAAAAAUGGCCACUGUAUUCCUCGACAAGAUGCUCUCCUUGUUGAGAUGAUUAUGAAUGACAAGGCGACCCUUAAGGCGCAACUUGAUGUCACAAAGCAAGCGAUAGUUGGCUUGGACUUUGUAACCGAGUUUAUUGACCCUGAUGGCGGUGUUCGAGUUUAUGAGUGCUCGCUGUGUAAAACAUUCCGUACGGUUACCACAGCCAUGGAACAUAUCACAGGUUAUAAUCAUCGAGUCAAUUAUAUUCAAAAACAAUUUCCAUCUGAGGUGAAAAUGUUCCUUCUUCCCGAUGGUAGGAACAAAAAUCGUAAUAAAGCUUUGAUGACAGUCGCCUCAAAACGGUGCUCUGAACUUGAGCUUGUCUAUGGAAGAGGUGAUUACAAUGUUGUCAAUGAGAAACCAAAGAUGCCCGAAGGUGCUCUUGAUGCUCCAGAAAGUGAUGUCUUACCAGAGGAUAAAAAGCUUGAUGAAUUAAAGAAAGAUCUGAAAAAAUAUUCAGAGCUCAAGAUUGAAACACCCGAAGAAUUCAGAUUGGUCAGAUCAUUAACUGCUCUAUUGACCAAUGCUAUGUGUGAAUUUAAAUACUCCCAAGAGCAACAACAAGAGCAGUCUAACACUGAUUAAGUCUGUUUAAUUUUUUACAUGCAACAGCAGAAAAUUAUAUCUCGACUUGAUCAAUUUAAUCAAUACCUAAAUUGAUACCAUUUGUAAUCAAUUAGGUCUUAAACAAGCAAAAAAACAAGCAAAAAACAAGCAAAAAACAAGUAAAAAACAAGCAAAAAAAAAAUGAUCAACCAAUCACAUAAACUGUAUUAAUUUGAUUCGUCAACUUAUAAUCAACCUUUUGACUCCAUAACAAUGUAUUUAACUUUGUCAUUCAACUUAUUACAAUUAUAAUCUACAUGGUAUAUACCAAAUUAUUAAUAAUUUCAAUCAUUAAAAACACUAUUUCCAUUUAAUUAAA